UCUCGUUAAAGCCACAACCAAAUUUAUGAAAAGUGACCCACACGGUACGCACGAGGUUCAUUCAAAACACCUCGUAUCAUACAAGCAAUGUAGACGUGCCGAGUGUAUGGAAAAAGGAAAAACUCGGACUACGGACGACGAGACCAUUGAAACCAUUUCAUGCAUUUCACGUGAAGUAAGACUCCUAUGUUGCUCUAAUUGGCAUCCUCAGAAGUAACUGUUAGUCUGCAAUAAACGUUUUCAGCCGUGAAGCAUGCUGACUCGCAUCAUUGGUUGCUUGCCUGCUGGUGCUCGUCACUGCUGGCCAGCGAGAUGUGUGGUCAUUGCCCGCUACCAUGAAGAUCAUGGAGUGUACGGCUACAGACCGUCGGCCUGGAUGCAAAACUGCACUGCAGAAACCUCAGUCUGCCCAGAUGUCCAGAGGAAUCGUGUCCACAGUGCUGCUCUGGUCCAGUUGGUGGAGGCUUACCGCUACUAUGGCCACAAGAAGGCCAAAGUGGAUGCGUUAGACAUGCAGAGGCCCAAGCCAACACCUGAGCUUGAUCCAGCACACUAUGGCCUCUCGUCUUCAGAGCCUCAGACCUUUGAUCUGACAGGUAUUCUGAAUGUGGACCAGACGUCGGCUUCGCUGGCCGAUAUCGUCCAGCAUUUGGAACGGAUGUACUGUGGCAGGAUGUCUGUGGAACUCAUGCAUCUACCGACGAUAGCAGAGAGGGAAUGGUGUGCCCAACGAUAUGAGGAGCUGCAUCAAAUGGUCCUCUCAAAUCAGGCUAAGACCGAACUGGCUGUGCUAUUGGCCAAGGCACAGGCUCUGGAGAAUUACAUGGCCGUUAAGUUCACCACUGUCAAGCGGUAUGGCGGAGAGGGAGCUGAGAGUUUGAUUGGCUUCUUCAACCAGCUGCUCAGACAAGCUGCACAGUCCGACCUGGAGCAGAUGAUCCUGUGCAUGCCCCACCGAGGCAGGCUCAUUCUGCAGGUGGGUCUGUUGCAGGUACCGGCCACUCUCGUCUUCAGGAAGAUGAGCGGUCUCCCCGAAUACCCAUCAUCCUCCAAGAACUGCACCGGUGACAUCCUUACCCAUUUGUACCAGUCUGUUGACUUGGAGUACGAUACUGGUAGGCUGCAUUUCACCAUGAUACCCAACCCAUCACAUCUGGAGGCAAACCUGCCCGUCUGCAUGGGGAAGGUUCGCUCGCGCCAGCAGUCGCUGCGUGAGGGGGACUACAGCCUAGAGGAAGGGUCGUCAGUGGGUGACAAAGUCCUGUGCGUGCAUGUCCACGGAGAUGCUGCUUACGCUGCCCAGGGUAUGGCCAGCGAAAUCCAAGCUCUUGCAGAACUCCCCCAUUACAACGUUGGAGGUGCCAUCCACCUGGUGGUCAAUAACCAGUUGGGCUUUACCACUCCGGCUAACCGGGGGCGUUCCUGCAUCCACUGCACUGACAUUGCCAAGCUGAAUGGGAACUUAGUCCUCCAUGUAAAUGGAGACUACCCCGAGGAAGUAGUCAAGGCCGGUCAGUUUGCCCUGGAAUACCAGCAGAAGUUUCGGCGCGACGUCUUUGUCGACCUGCAGUGUUUUCGUCGUCUAGGCCACAAUGAGGUGGAUGAUCCAUCCUUCACCCAGCCUACCAUGUACAGCAUCAUCCGUAGCAGAACCAGUGUACCUGACCUGUACCUGAAGGAGGUCACUGAGGCAGGCGCAGUCGACCAAGCAGAGAUUGACAGUGAACUAGCCAGGAAUCAGGAAGAGCUGAAUCAAUGCCUGAAGGCAGCUAAAACGCAUGAGCCUGAGCCCACCACCCUCGGCAAGCAAUGGAGCAGCUGUGUGGAGGCACCUGCCCACAUAACCUCAUGGGAUACAGGUGUUGAUAUGGAAUUGCUACGCUUUGUUGCCGCCAAGUCUGUAGAACUGCCGGAAGAUUUUACCCCUCACAACCAUCUUAUCAAGACAUUCUUGGAGGCACGGCUGAAGAAAAUCCAGGAAGGGAAUGGCAUCGAUUGGGCCACAGCUGAAGCUAUGGCCAUUGGCUCUCUGCUCUAUCAGGGUUUCAGUGUGCGGCUGAGUGGUCAGGACGUUGGCCGUGGUACCUUCAGUCACCGGCACGCCAUGCUCGUAGACCAGACUAGCGACGGUGCCUACAUACCCCUCAACCACAUCACUCCAGAACAGAAAUCUUUCUUUGAGGUGGUCAAUAGUCCGCUGUCUGAGGAGGCUACAUUAGGCUUUGAAUAUGGAAUGAGCAUCGAGAGCCCCAAGAACCUGGUCAUCUGGGAGGCCCAGUUUGGCGAUUUCUUCAACGGGGCGCAGAUCAUCAUCGACACCUACGUCACAGCAGGAGAAGUGAAGUGGCGUUUACAGAGCGGCCUGGUCAUGCUUCUGCCCCAUGGCUUUGACGGAGCUGGGCCCGAGCAUUCCUCCAGCCACCUGGAACGCUUCCUUCUCCAGACGGACAGUAAGGAGGAUACUGUCGAUGGAGAUAACGUCAACUUCGCUGUGGUCCAUCCCACCACACCAGCCCAGUAUUUCCACUUGCUGAGAAGGCAGAUGGUGAGAAAUUUCCGCAAACCAUUGGUCGUCGCUUCACCUAAAAUUCUACUGCGCCUGCCAGAAGCCACCUCAUCCCUCGCUGAGAUGGCUCCAGGAACCAGCUUUGUGCCCGUCAUCGGAGAUGAAACCUCAAACCCUAAACAAGUGGAAAGGGUCAUCUUUUGCAGUGGUAAGCACUACUACGCCCUGCACAAACAGCGCGAUCAACGCCAGGCCGCGCACGACACGGCCAUCGUGCGAGUGGAGUCCCUGUGUCCAUUCCCAGCAGAGGAGAUUCAUCAAGAGCUGGACAAGUACCCAAAUGCUAAAGAAUUUAUCUGGAGUCAGGAGGAACAUCGCAACAUGGGAGCUUGGACCUUUGUGGCACCCCGCUUUGAAAAUCUGGCAGGAUGCAAGUUACGCUAUGCUGGCCGCAGGGUUCUAGGCUGCCCUGCUGUGGGUGUGGCCACUUUGCAUCAGGAGGAAGUGAAGCAGAUCAUGGAGGAUACCUUCAGGUAAUGUGCUACAGCAGUCAUGCUGGAACCAAGCAUGCAAGAGAGGAUCAACCUGACGGCAAUUGCUCUUGGCCCUGCCACAUCUGGGGUUUUUAGCUGAAAUUCAUAUGAAAUCAAGGAAACAAUUCAUUUUUUAGUGUAUUGUAAGAAAACUGAAAUGGUUUUUAACCUGAGAGGAUUUAAUUUGUGACCCCCUCGGUCAAAAUGAGCCUUUUUUCAGUCAUUUUAUUGAGGUCUCAUUAGAAAAGCCAAGCUUAGCUCUGUUUAGAUGUAUCACUGUUUUGAUUGUUUGGCAUCCAGAUGAAGAUGGACAAGUGUGGGUGAAAAUGUUGUCUGCCACAGCCUUUUAAAGGCCUCAUUGAUUAGCUUUUAAGUUGAUAGUGUCUCUUGCCACCUGCAACCCAAUUUUACUGAGCAGGUCACAUUUGAAGUAAUGCCAAUUUGUAGUGCACCAAUCAAAUCUGCAAAAUCUUAAAAUACUGUAAAAAUGUUAUUGUUUACGCUGUGAAGUAUUUUGGGGGAUCUUUUACUUUAUGGACUUGAAGCUUUGUGUUGAGUAGUUAUAGAAUGCUUCGGGUGGCCGAGUUUGUCCAUUGGCCGACUCACGUAUUCAGGCAUGAUUUUUUUUUAAAAAUGGGCAGCUCCGAAUACCAGUGAAAGGCUAAGACUACCCCAACAUCCCCUAACAACCAUCAGCUCAACAAACAAAAUGACAAAAGUCUCCCUUAAAAAUGGUGUGUGAAGUUGCACUAUGCAUUUUUUACAUGUAAUGGAUUUUCAUUGCCAACAGUCUUGGGAAAAUAUUUCACCGAGUAUUUUUUGCUCUCAAUACAGGAAAUGAAUGAGUUAAAAACAAAAAAAACAGGAAUCUGAUCGAGAUCCAGAUUUGUGUAAACCAAGCAGGCCCCCAUUUCCGUAAAUCCUCUCGUGUUUGCUUUUGACUUCUGUAGUGCAUUAUAUGGCAAGUGUAAUCAUACAUCAGUGGUGGCGUUUAAAAGAUUGUUUAAAGGUUUCCAUUUCUUUGGGCUUGAAUGAUGCUUUUGAGGGUUUUAAUUUUGAAACUUUUGGUCAGAUGUAUUUGUUCAUGAAAGGAAUUGGGUUAGUUCAGAAUUAUUUGUUCAAUUUUACAUUAUUGAAAGGAAUUAACUACAUGCUUGGCCAGUCAUAAACAUUGGUUAUGAACGCUGCUAAUGGUCUAAGCCACAGGCUAAACUGUCCUUAAGUAUGUGUGUUUAUGAGACGAAUAUAUAGCAUGAACCACUUCGCACCUGUGGCAUUUAUCAAUGUUGACGAUACUGGGACGGGAUAAUUAUAAUUUUUUUCUGUUUUCAAAUUCUUUAAAAA